GUCAAUAGCAGUCAAAGACACAUAUACCCCGACACGACACAACACAACAAUGACAACAUAACACAACACAACUCGCUCUCACUAUCGAUCAAUAUAGAGAAUUCGAAGUGGAAUCAUAAACUGCACAAACCAAAAGUUGUCGUGCACUGUCAUGGAAGAGGAAGAACCGACGCAGCAACGAGUCACUCACUCGUCGCUCGCGACCGAGUCACUCACUUCUACUCGUUCCGAAACCCUAGCGCUCUGCUCUUCGCUUCCGCGCGACCACUCUGCUCCUACUCAUAUGAAGCAGCAGCAGCAGAGAAGCUAUGCUAAGGUUGGUGAAACUGAGAAUAAGGAGUCAGCUUGGCCUCCUGUUGAGGAAACAAUUGUAAAAAGGGCAGUUGAGGCACCUAAAAAACAGACAGAAAAUAAACUUAAGGUGUCUGUUUGUUCAACUUCAUUGUCUGAACUAUCACCAACAUCUGUAUCACAGUCUUUAUCAUCUGCCCCAUGUACAACCAUUCCAGAACAGAGACUGUCUUCUCCUAAGGCUAAUAGUGUACAAGUGCCAGAAGUAGACGAAAGAACUCCUUGUGGUGGUACAACCUUAUCUUCUGUUUCUGUUGCAAGGGAAUCUGCAUCUGAAUCUGAUGGAUACAACUGGCGGAAGUAUGGCCAGAAGCAAGUGAAGAGUCCUAUGGGUUCUCGAAGCUAUUACAGGUGUACCCAUUCAAAUUGUUCUGCUAAGAAGAUUAAAUUUUGUGACCAUUCAGGAAAUGUGAUAGAGAUUGUUCAUAAAAGUCAACAUAGUCAUGAUCCCCCACAUAAAAUUGAUUUUGCUAAGGAAAGUAAGUUCCUUCCCUCCAGUGAACCUAAAGUAGAAAGCAGUGUUCCAAAGCAGUCAGUCAGAGUUCUGAAUGAUUCUAAUCCAUCAUCUUCUCCGAAAGAACCACCUUCCAGUGCUGAUAAGAAUCUAGAAAACUCAUCUAAUGGUGAGAAUGGUAAUGUUAUUUUGAAGGAAGAGCAUGUUAAUGUCACAAAGCCAAAAAGAAGAUUGGACAAAGGUGAUUUAGCAUGCAUGGAUUCAGCAGUAAAACCUGGAAAGAAACCAAAGUUUGUUGCACAUGUGGCGGAUGAUGAAGGGAUAUCAGGUGAUGGAUAUCGAUGGCGCAAGUAUGGACAAAAAUUGGUGAAGGGGAAUCCAUACAUCAGAAACUACUACAGAUGCACUUUUUCUGGAUGUCCUGUUCGGAAGCACGUUGAGACUGCUGUGGAUAACUCAAAAGCUCCCAUGGUAACAUACAAGGGAUUACAUGAUCAUGAUAAGCCUGUGCCAAAGAAACGGCAUGGUCCAUCAAGUGCUUCGCAUGUGGCUGCUGCAGUACCUGCUUCAACGAACAAUUUGGAGAGCAGAAAAACUGGCUUGCUACAAAACCAGGAAACUUCUGAAUGCUCAGAGGAAACAGAAGGAGAAUUAACUGGCGAAGCGUUGGACCUUGGGGGUGAGAAAGCAAUUGAGUCAGCUCGAGCUCUUCUAAGCAUAGGCUAUGAAAUUAAACCUUUUUGAAUACAUCUUUCUAAAAUCAUGCAGUUGUAUCCAUAUAAAUUAUUUGGUAGGUCUCAUGUAAUUUUUAUCUUCUCUUUUUUAAUUUUUCCCCCAUUUAGUCUUUUGGUAGAGCCGUACAUGUAUAUUUUCUUGUGGACGUUCAGCAGCUUGUCUGAAACAGCUUGCUUAGUGGAGCGAAUAUAGAAUUGAGCGGUAUCUUUUUCUCACGGAGAGUGAGAAUAGGUGAGGAUAGCAUUCUCAUUCAAUUGCACUCUUAAUACAUUGUUUAGUGUAAAUAGAAAGGAGGCAGAUAAUAAUGAUAUAA